CGUGAAUACGGCCCGUGACGUGUUUGUUGUGAUUAACGUUCAGUCCUAAAUGUUCAGAUUUCAGGUGUAAAGGAGCUGAAAAUAAUGAACGGAGUCCACGGAGGUUCCUGUUUCUGGAUUCUAACCGAACAAAUGGAUCCGUUUUCAGACAGAAAUGGAUCCAUAACGGAUUAGUCUCAGAGUGGGUUUAUGUAGUUGUUAGUGUUUGGACUGAAUUCCUACUGGACUCUGGACUGAUGCUGGUUCUGGAUCAACAGAGGAAGUCUCGGGGCAGCUGUUAGCUGCUGGGGGCAUUUGUGUGCUGCUGGGGGCAGUUGUGUGCUGCUGGGGGCAGUUGUGAGCUGCUGGGGGCAGUUUUGUCUCAGAGCAUCAGCUGUUUCCUGGGGGAACAGGGUGACACGGGGCAGCGUGACGCCGUAGGAAGUCAAACAUGCGUUCCGCCUCACAGACAGCUGUUGUUGUCAGCUGACGGCUCUGGGGGGGGGCAGCAGUGGCUUCCAGACUGUGAGGCUCUGUUCCUAUGCAAAGAGAACACCCCCCCCCCCACCCCGCUCACACAGUCUCAAUGACAGGAAGUCAGAGCCUCACAGUCAUGGAUCAGGUCUGGCAGGUCCUGGAGCAGCUGGGGGUUCUGGUGGCGCUGGCGGCCUGGCUCUGCUCUCUCGCCACCGCCCUGGUUCCGUCCUGGCUCAGCUUGUCCACAGAUCUUCUGCCGGCAGAGACCUUCCAGCUGGGUCUGUGGGGGACCUGCGUUCUGCAGGAUCCGGGCCUGCGGGAGUGCCGGCCUUACAACAACUUGCUGGGCCUGCCCCCCGACAUCAGGCUGGCCCGGGUCCUGGUGUGCGGCUCGCUGGGCUUUGGGAUGAUGGGCUUGCUGCUCGCCAUCCCGGGUCUGGACCUGGUCAACGGAUGCUGGCGUCGCCUGCAAGAGAGGAGCUGCAAGAGGACCCUGAAAGCAGCAGGGGGCGCUCUUUGUGUGGUUUCUGGAUUGCUGGUUCUGGUCCCAGUGUCCUACAUUGCCCACCAGGCAGUGGUUCGGUUCUUUGAUGGGUCGGUACCGGACGUGGCUCCUCGCUGGGAGUUUGGAGAUGCCCUCUUCUGGGGCUGGACGGCUGGAGUGCUGCACCUGGGGGCGGGAGGACUGCUGCUGACUUCCUGUCUGGACCUGGACACACAGAACCAGAACUUUCCUGUCCGAAUCCCGCUGGUCCAGCUGCAGGGAGCCCACCGCCGGGCCAGAACCAGAACAGAGUAUGUCUGACAUAAGUGUUUUGGAUUGGACUCAAACCUGGAAAUUGAUUCUGAAGCUUCCAGGUCUUUGGUGGUUCUGUGUUUCGGAUGUAGAGGAACAGUACGAUCCGGACCGGACUGUUCUGAUGAACAUCUGGACGGGUCGGACUCUACCUGCAGUUUUCUGAGAAAACGGAGAUGCUGGUGCUGAGCUGUGGACUGAAGGUCCGAGUUUGGUUUCAUGGCAUCACGGUCGUUCUCGUCCAAAACCAAAGGGGGGUUCUGGUUCCUCCAGGUCUGGUGCUGGACGCUCUGCUCCUGCAGUCAGAAUCCGUGUGUUUGGACCACGUGUGGUUUGAGUUCUAAGAAUGUUCUCUCAUUUGACAAACAGCUGAUAAUGGAGUGACGGUCAGAGUUAUUUGCUGCUGCUGAAGGUGCUUUAGUGAGACCACAGAACCCGUCCUGGGACUGACAUCCUGGAGCCUCCUUCAUGGUUCUCCAGGAUGUGCUGGUCCUUAGAGACUCAACAGAACCAGACGGUCUAUGGUCCGUUUGCACACGUUCCUAGCUUGGGUUAUGCUUUAACU